AUGCAUACUCUAGUUGUUGGUACUUGGGCAUGGGGAGACAAAAAUAUAUGGGGUUGGAACAAAGAACUCGAUGUAAAAGCUAAAGAAGCUUUUGACAUGUCCUUGUCAAAAGGAAUUAAUACUUUUGAUACUGCUGAAAUUUAUGGAUUUGGUGAAAGUGAACGUUGCAUCGCUCGAUAUAAAGCUAAUCAACCAGUUGCUAGUACUAAAAAUAUUGUUAUUGCUACAAAAUUUCUUCCUCUUCCUUACAAAUUAUCUUAUCCAAGUUCAUUGAUCAAUGCACUUCGAGCAAGUCUGGAUAGAUUGAAGGUGGAUUGCAUCGAUCUCUAUCAAAUUCAUGGUCCUAUUCAUCUUCGUUCUAUUGAAGUUGUUGGCAAUGCACUAGCUGAAACAGUUAAACUUGGUCUUACUAAGACUGUAGGUGUUUCCAACUAUUCUACAACUCAGACGAUCAAAAUGUAUGAUUGUUUACAAAAACAUAAUAUUCAACUUGCAUCGAAUCAAGUUGAAUUUUCACUUCUUCGACGUUCACCAGAGACAUCAGGACUUAUUACAGAAUGUCAUAAACGAGGUAUUGCUGUUCUGGGAUAUUCUCCACUUGCAAUGGGUCGUCUGACUGGUAAAUAUUCGCAAGCUAAUUCACUUCCUGCUAAUCGUAACCUCUCCAAAAUCAAUAUGGAUGAAUUGGAGCCAUUGUUGGAAUCAAUGCGUUGCAUUGCAGACAAACGUAAUGUUAGUGUCUCUUCUGUUGCGUUGAAUUACGUUAUUUGCAAAGGUGUUAUUCCUCUUGGUGGUGCUCGUGAUGGUAAGCAAGCUGAACAAAAUGCUGGUGCUUUAGGAUGGCGUUUGACGAAUGAAGAAAUUGCACGAUUGGAAACUCAUGAGCCUCGUGCUGUAUUUAUGGUGCGUGAUGAUGACUGGGAUUAUGCGCGUUCAGCUGGAGUGGCUAUAGACGAAAAUAGUUUUCUUUCAAUAGUAUUUGCAUCAAACAUCGGUAAACAUAUCGUUAAAUCUAAUGUUCAGAUUAAACCAAACGAAUGGUUCCAUAUUGUAUUGGUACAAGAACGACAAGCAGAUGCACGAACUCCUCAACAGAAUUUAUGGAUUAACGGUAAACUUGAGUUAACUAUUGAAGUACCAAUAGCUGCAUAUAGCAGUACAGCUACUGUUUCUCUUUUCUUAUGGAACAAAUGGAAGCGUUCUAUAGCUGACAUGUCAUUUUGGUCAAGACGUCUUCUACCAAUAGAAAUUCGCGCAAUCUAUGAACAGAAAAUAUCAAUUGAUAAAGUGGAUGUAGCGAAUUAUAUUUUUUGUCAUUUAAAGUGA